UACCAGCAUAAUGUAAACACUUGCCAGCUGCUGGUUGUUGCCAGCAUGAAAAAUUUUGAUCUUUCUAAAUUCAAUGCUGGCAAAUCAUACUGGCAAGAAAAAACAAUAUGGCCGAAAGUGAAAAUUGUGCUGCAGAUCGCGAAAAAGGUAAACAAGAUGUCAAGUGAAAUUCAAAACGGAACAAAAGAUAUUGUUCGGAAGAAAACUCGAAAAAGUAUUGACGACUUCGGACAGUUAAUAGAAUUAUAUCGAUCGCACGAAUGUUUAUGGGAUUUCCGAAAUCCGUUGUAUAAAAACAAAAUUGAACACCAAAGAGCAUACAAAGAUAUUAUGCUAGAAAUAAACUUUGAUUCCGCUGAAGAAGUCACCAAAAAAAUUAAAUCAAUGCGUGACACGUAUACGUCUGAGAAAAUAGAAAAUCUGGUGCCGGAAUUGACGAUGAGUCGAGUGCUGUUGAUGACGAAAGUGCAUGCAAUUGAGCUUAAACUUAAUUUUCAUUUUACAUAUUUGCAGUUCCUUGAAAAUAAAAUAUCUAACGAGUGUUCAUAUGAAAGAGCUCUAUCAUCCGAGGAUGCACAGGAUAAAUUGACAUUCGAGCCGGCACGAGUUCCAAAAAAAAUGAGAACACAUCAAGAAAAUGUACCGAAUCAUAUUCAGUCGGCCAUAAUAAAGCUGGAAGAAAUAAGAAAAGCGUCAACUGUGUCAGACGAAUUUCAUCAUUUUGGGCAAACUAUUGCAUUUCAGUUAAGAAACAUGCCUAAGCUAAACGCAUACGUUUUGCAAGAUCGAAUACAAAGGAUUGUUAGCGAAGAAAGGAUUAAGUACGAACGUGAAAGAGCUAAUUGUGAAAGCUCGCUGCUAUCACAAUCUAUCAGUUGUAACCCACCCAAUCUCGAUCCGUUCACGAAUAUGAAAGAGCAAACUUCGGGUUUAAUUCGCACUGAAGUGUUACAGGUAGAGAACACUUCCGAGGAAAUACAUGACGAUGAUUCAUCAUUUUCUGUCACUAAUGAAAAGGAUGCCAGCUUUAUAACAGACUUAGUGUCUUGGACGGAUCCAUUUGUGCAGAAGAACAAAUUGACCACGGAAGAUCGGGUACUUCUGUUAAUGAAGCAAAACGGUCGAACACAGAAGGAUUUAAUGAUACACUUUCACAGGUGAUGUAUCUCACUUUCCAGGGAAACUGAAGUGGAAUAACAUAUUUGGUUUACGAAGCAGAAUGCUCUUGGUCGAAUAUAAACGGUUGUUCUAAAUUAAUGCUUCCGAAAAAAGAUGUAUGUUAGAGUAAAAAUCCAUUUAAACAUACGAGUAAAUUCAACCGCUUGACAUGUCGGUUUAUUUCCAUAAAACUAGACUUCAUGUUUCCUUCUGCACAAAAAAUGUU